AUGAAUACCACGUUUCAUCCCGACGUCGUCCUGUCCUCUGACCGGUUCCCUUCGUCAAGUGGCAAUGGUAGCGACCUCACGGUGGUGACCAAUCGAUCCCAAUUCUCUGCCUUUGUCCAGAGAUCACGAAAUGGAUGGGAGAAAUAUACCUUUGAGCCUAUCCACUCGCUAUACGAUGUGAAUUCGAUUGCUGUCCGAUGGAAGAUGAACGGCGUACUUGGGGCAAAUUUUACACUGUUUCUCACGCCCUUGAAGGCAGGCUCUUCGGUGACCUACAACGGAACCGAUCUUCUUCUCUUGGAUGAAUGCACAGGGCUGAUCCGAAACGACUAUAUCGCUCAGGACCUUAUCUCCUACUUCCAUGCGAUGGGACUAUCCGCCAUUACAGUUUGA